AUAACACAUGAAACAGCAGUAUAGAUUCGUACGACCCAGUUUUCAUUAGGAUCCAAACGUGAACAGACGCAAAAUGAUGGAAUUCAAACUGAUUGCUGUCUUCCUGACAGUGUCAUUGCUGAACACAGCUAACGCCCUCGAAUGCUACGAGUGUUUCGACGUUGCAAAAUGUCGCGGCGAGCAAAAGGAUCACGUCGUGCAGUGCAGCAAUAACACGGCCCAGAACAUGGUUCUCGCCGCAGGAUUCUUCUACCCGAAUCUGACCGCAGCGUUGGUAUACAAUGGAAAUUACCAGUGUACAGCGUUGCAGUUUACACCGCAAGGAGCCCAGAAUGUGUCAUUGAUGGCCAAAGGUUGCAUGUUCGAAACGAAAGAAUCCUUGUGUAAGCUGGAAGCUAAGAUUCCGAAUGGUAACUUCAGCUGUAAGGCGUGCAAUACGAACAAGUGCAACAGUGGCGUCGCGCUCGGGUGGAGCAUGCUGCUGAUGGCGGCCAGUUUGAUUGUAUCGUCGUGGGUAGCGAAAUAGGGAAUGAGUUGCGGUUGAUAUCGAUUUGAAAUAAAUUGAAUGAUAAUAUAGCUGGA